AUGGGAGCGAAGCAUUCAUCGUCAAAAUGCACGUCAACAACAAUUGAUUAUAUUCGAACAAAAGAUGUUAAUAAAUUAACACGUCAACUUAGUAAACGAAAUGCAUCAUUUCGAAACAAGAAGAAACUAAUAAAAACUCAAGAACAUAAUACUCAAUUAUUACAACUUGAUGUUGUUGAUGAUGAACAGCACCGCUCCGCACUGCAUUUUGCGGCUAUUGAAGGUGAUGCCACGAUUAUUGUAGCUCUUUAUGAAUAUAUGCAUACAGUCGACGUUACUGAUGCAUUAGGCCGAACACCAUUACAUUAUGCAGCAAUUGCUGGUAAUGAAGAAACAUUGAUCAGUUUACUUCUUUGCAAUCCUGAUAUGAAUCGAUUAAGCAAAGACGGAACAACUCCAUUGCAUGAAGCAAUUAUUCAUAAUCAUCCCGAUAUUCUUACUCUAUUGAUUCAACAUAAUGCUGAUGUUCAUAUUUUAUUUCAAAAUUAUCUUCCGCCGUUAAUUCUUGCCGUUUAUCUGCAACAUAGAAAUAUUGUUGAACUUCUUAUUCGUCUUGGUAUUGAUCCUAAUCUUACUGAUACAAAUACGGGCCGAUCAGCUCUACACUAUGCAGCGUAUUUUCAUGAUAAUACAGCCAUAUUUCAUUUACUCCUUUCAUCAACUAUCCAUCAUGUAAUUGAUAUUAAUAUUCAAGACAACAAUGGAUUUUCUGUACUUGAUUAUGCUCGAGCAAAUAUUCAUAGAAGUACAGCUAUUAUUAAUUUACUUUUACAAUUAAAUGUAUUUGACCCUUAUCGUGGAGAAAAAUCUGGUGAACAUAUUGAAAUUGAUAUGCCAACUAUUAAAUUAUUUCAAUCAUCAAACGAACUUUCAUUAUUAAAGAAAAAAGACAACGAUGCUAAGACAUUACCGGGAACACAAUCUAAGAAAAUAUUUCACUUCGGAAAAAAAUCUAAAUAA